AUGAAGGUUUCUUCGGAGGUGGAGGAGCUCUUCAACUGCAUCGCCAGGUAUAAGCCCCACACCAUCGAGCUGGACACCAUCCUGAAGCCCUUCAUUCCGGAGCUGAUCCCAAGCAUCGGUGAGGUGGACGCAUUCCUGAAGAUGCCCCGCCCGGAUGAAGCGCCCAGCGGCCUGGGUACCACUCGCCUGGACGAGCCGACACUGAACCCCUCGGACCCGAGCAUUCUGGACCUGCAGCUCCGUUCUUUGAGCAAGAACCAGGAGCUGCAGCCCAUGGAGGUGCGGUCCAUUGAGAAUGCGGAGAAGAACCCUAAGGAGAUCGACAACUGGGUGAAGCGCAUCGACAACCUGAACCGCACCAAGCCGGCUCCCACCGUGCAGUACUCCCGCAGGAUGCCGGACAUCGAACAGCUCAUGCAGGUCUGGCCCAACGAGUUUGAGGAGUUCCUGCAGACCAAUCCGCUGCCGGAGCUCUCAGACUUAGAGCUAGACCUGCCGAGCUAUAUUCGGAUCUUCGCCUCCAUCCUGGACGUGCCUGUCUACAAUCAGAUCACAGAGACGCUGCACGUCAUUUUCACCCUCUACUCGGAGUUCAAGUCCAACCAGCACUUUUCAAAGGCCUCGGCCUCAGGUCCUAAAAUAUGGUUUCUGAUUCAACGACAGAUGGGUUACCCAAAGAGAAUAUUUUAA